AUGAGAGGCGGGGCGGUGUCGUCUGAUCUGGAGGCCAUUCUGCCUGCAGAAGUUCAAGUUCAUCCGUCGGAUUCCCCUGCGGAAGGUGAACCCGUCGUCUCCAGCGGCGCCAGGGAACGUCCAGCGCGUCCGGCGCGCGGGCUUUCCUCGCGCGAGGGGACGAGGCGUUCACGGUCGCCGAGCCACGACUACUGGGCCGAGGGCCAUGAGGAUCCAGGCACCGUGCCGCAACCCAACUCGCCGAAGGCUCGGAGCGCUCGGUCGGGGACCGGCCGUUUGGGUGGACGAGGCGGAGAUUCGGCGAGCGGGCCGGCCAGGACUCGCCGCCCGCAGAAGGCCUCUUCAAAGCUGGAGGCGCAGAAGCGGAGCUCGUUGGCUUCGGAGGUGAGUGCUGCUUCAGAGAACGCACCCAGCGUCACUGAUGCACUCAUGGAACGUGAAGUCUCUCAGGCGAGUGCAGCUUCAGAGAAGCUUCCACUCAGUGUCGAAGAUGAGGCAGCGUCUGAACGACGAAGUUUGGAGGAGUCUCAGAGGACGACAAGCGCCAAAGAUGCGCAGGUGCUGGGCGACACGGCAGGAAGAAGCUCAGUCACGGUGAUGACCUAUUGGCUCCAAGUGGAGUCCAUCAAAGGUCUUCCUCGCCUCGAGAACGCGGAGACGGUCUCGCUCUACGAGGUGCACAGCUAUUGGAUGGAGCAGGGUGGUCCAAUGGUCCGCCUGGCCGAGCUCCAAGCCCAUGCAGCCGACGGAGGUGAGGAGUGUCGCGUGAGGAAUCAGGUGUCGUUGCCGCUCUUUGAACCGGCACCUGGUGCUGGCACUGUGGCAGUGGAGGUCGUUCGGAAGGUGCCAGAGAACUCGAAGGGUUCUUUCAUGCUGGUGGGGCGAGUGGAGCUGGAUGCCUUGAAUGAUGACACGAGGAGGAUCGCCAGCUAUGCGUUACCGCCCUCCGCGGCCGUCAUCAAGCUUCGCGUGUGCGAGCACCGCGCGGCGGUGAAGGCGUCAGGAUCCUAUCUUGCAUUUUCCUUCGCUAUUGGCUGGUGUGAUUUUGGGCUUGGUGCUGGGUCAACUUUUCGAGUGGAUUCUGUUGCUCAGGGUAUCCUGGUCUGUGUCGCUUCGGCAGCAGGCCUUUUGGCUGAGGAACGAGCAGCUGGCGAGAGCAAGGCUUGCAUGAGCCUUUCACCUUCUGAGGACCUUAGUGCCUUGCGGAAGGAUCUCGAAGCUCUACAAGAUCGUGUCUCGGUUUUGGAAGCCCAGGCUCGUUCAAGCCGUGAUAGCACUCCCUCGACCGUCGUUCCAGUGACGGUCAACUAUACCCAAUCUGGUCCGGCCGAUUCCGCUCCCUCGGUGAGUGUCUUGGGUCCGACUCAGUUGCCUGAGGCACCCACUCCAGGUCUGACGCCUGGUGGCCGCAUUACUGCAAGCCAGUACACUGAGGAGUACCGCCGUUCGAUCGCUCAGGACAUCGGGGACUACUUUCGCCGGUGCCUGUCUGGCACCAACCGAGGACCAUCCGGGCGCCAGCAGAUCUCUUUGCCUUCCAAGGUUUACAUCCUGGUGCGCGACCUCUCCGGUCGCUUGUACGACCCCGUUCAGGUCCAUCAUUCGUUUGGUUCCAUCCGUGCCUUGGUCCGUGACGGGGAUUAUUUGGGGGACUCGAUCUUCGUUGGCUUCCCCACUCAGUGGGAGGAGCUGGAUGGCUUGCCCCUGUCUCCGGCCGAUGUGCUGAGGCAGUGUGCUGUGCUGUCGAGUGAGUCCGGGCAGCUUGAACCGGAGUAUCCUUUGGGGUUCUGCGAAGUCACAACCUCCACUGGUGAAUCUGAGCGAGUUGCUGUAAUUUGUAUGGGAGAGAUGGGAGGUGCUUUUUUGGUGGUCACGCCGCACUCAGCGGGGCACCGACAGGUCGCCAAGCGUCAGCUCCCUAGCACGUUUUUGUCUAAGCCCACAAGUGCAGAAGUUCUUUUUGCUCCAUCCCGAGACCCUGGAGCUCAUACGGUGAAUUCAAAAGUAUGGUUUGGAUGGCUCUCCAAGGACUAUGAGAGCCAUAUUUCCUUUGACACAGCCAGUGGACCUGCACUGACCGUUUUGUUUGAUGAAGAUGAAUUGAUGCUACCCUUGGCCUCGAGCCUAGCUCUAGCUGCCGAGCGCUUGUUUGGAUUGCGAGCUGCGCCUAGCUCCUUUGAGAGCGUGCCUGCCGAAGACACUCAGGUGCUCGGCCAACGGGUGGCUGCUCUAGAAAAUCACCUCUCAGGCAUCAAAGAACAGCUCGAGAUUUUGAUUGGGCAAAACACUCAUCCGAGGACCAGUGGGUCUCCUGCCACUCAGAAAGCCGAAGGUGCAAGGCCAAAGAGCAGUGCUGCACCGCCUCGAGCUUCACAGUUUCUUGGCUUGGAUCCCACCGUGGCUCAGGCAGCCUUGGCGGCUGGCAUUCCGGCCACUCAGUUGGAGGAGAUGUCCAAACUGGCUCUAGCUGGCAAACCGCGUCUCCCUGAUCUUCCCAAAGCCCCGAUGCCGAAGAGGAAGGAUCCGUUGGACGAGAGCGAAGAUGAUGCCGUCGGUGAGUCCGCUGUGGAAGUCACAAAGGAGACAUCACUCGAAGCUUUGCUCGACGGCUCUGGCUAUCCCGGCUCGUCCGAGUCUGCUGGAGUUCCAUCGGCUCGCAAGAACGCAGCGGCCCUCAGGGCAUUGAAGAAGACGCUGAGUUCAGACCUCGAGCAAAUCUCCCGAGUGAUCGAGCGCAACAUGGAGGCAGAUUUCAACCUACGCCGAUCGGGCGUGCCAGGAGCUCCAGUGGUCCCUGUCAGCGCCCGUGCUUGGCUGGAGGCCCGGUCGAGAGUCCAGAAUUUCCGCACCCCCGUUACCUUCCUUUGGGGGGUAGCAGGGAUCUUGGAUGCCCUGCGAGAUCAGAAACCAGAAGAAGCACGGGCGCGCGCCGGCCUUCUUCUUUGCCAGGGCGACCAGCUUUCGAUCGACCGGGGCAGUUGGAUUGUUGCAGCUUCCAUGUCGCUCGAGGAUCCACCUCCGUUUGCAGUGUUUGCCACCCAUACGUUGCCGGCCGAGACAGAGAGUCAGGUGACAAAGUUGAUCGAUUCUCGCUGGGUAGAUCUUUUUCUGCACCACCUCAGCGAGAUCGACCAGUUGGCGGAGAAGAAGAAAAAGCUGACUUUCAAGAAGACGCCUCUCGAUCCACCUCCCGACGGCACUGCUUCGCCCAAGCGGAAAGGCAAAGGAAAAGGGUCUGGAUCAGCCGGCUCUGGCAAAGAUGCCGGCAGGGAGAAGGAAAAGGAGGCGGCCCAGUCGCAGGACCUUGCUGCUGAUGCCUACCCGCCGCGAGGUGAAGUGCGCGCCGGCGCUUUGUUGCGCCAAACCCAUUCGUCAGUCAAAGGUCCACCGAGUGAGAUCGCAGAGGAAGCCAAGCCCACCGUUCCAGCUGAGGCCGAAAAGAAGCCUGAGCACCGGGCACCUGGAGCUUCCGCGAGUACAGUGAAUGCAAGAGGUUUGUGGAAUUCAUUGCUCCGUUGGGUGCUGAGGUCUCCAUGUGGCACCCUACGUACUUUUUUGCACACCGCUCUCCAUAGUCCAGCUCCUGAAGGAGACCUUCAUGACCCUAGGCCGGAGUGGCCUAUUCCGCUGCCUUACCCUGCUCUGCUAGCUGGAGCUCGUGAGGCGACGGAGGAUGAUGCUUGGCGAAGGUGCGCCAACAUGAUGGUUCUUAUUUUGAACUGGAUUCAUAUGGGACAACCGGCGAUCUGGCCUCGGAAGUUCAGUAUUUUUUCCUCUUUGACUCCGUCUCAACUGGUUCUGGUGACACGUUUGAAGCAUCUAGCUGGUGAAUGGCUGAAGUUCAAAGACAUUACAGCAGAGUCCAUGGGGCGCACUGCAGGCAAGGUUGAGAGUCUAGAAGCACUGGUCCACCGCUUGGAGACAUCUGCGGUUGCUUUCGUUCCAAAGUCAGGGUCUGGUAAUGGACCCGUGCAUCGAGCGGCAGCGGGCGAGGAUACUGCGGUCCAAGUGGAAGACAUCCAAGCCGCGAAGGCCGUCGAAGCUGGACGCUUGAGUUUCAAGGGGCGCCCGGCUUUCGACCCUACGCCCUACCUAGAAGAACCGGCCAGAUCUCUCUACCAAGAUCCUUUGAAGUUUGCCGUGCCUCCCUCCGAGUGCUUUGAGGAGAUUCCGACCGUGAAGGUCAGAGGAGAUCGAAAAGAGAUCCUGGGACUUCUCUCCUCCCUUGACAGCACCGGCAGGCUUGCUUUGUUCUCUCCGGAUGAGCUCCGGAUGGACUUCCGAGCAGGAGUAUUUGCAUUGAUGAAAAACCUCACCGCAGAUCGUUUGAUUUUGGAUUGCCGUCCCGCCAAUGCCCUUGAACCUGGAUUGAAUCAGUGGACUCAGACCAUGGGGUCUCUUACCCCCAUCCUUGGUAUGCACAUUCCCCCCGACCACAAGGUUGUAGCUGCAGGAGAAGAUCUAAAAGACUACUACUACUAUAUCAUUUCGGAGAGUCGAGCUAAGCGCAACUCACUCGCCUUCCAGCUCUCCCGUGCAGAGGCCAAGCGCUUUCGAGGCGCGUAUCGCUGGGCAGAUCGACAGGCUCGUAUUUUGAUCCCUGCGCUGAAAACUAUGGCUAUGGGAGACCUUAAUGCCGUAGAGUUCGGCCAGCAAGCACACGUCAAGCUUGGAUUGUUGCAUGGGUUGGUGGGUAUGCGAGAUUUACUCACGCUGCGGGGGAGGUUCCCUCGCCAGAGCUGGGCAGUGGGCUAUGUGAUAGAUGACUUCAUCGUCCUGGAAGCUGUCCCAAAAAGUUCUGUUCCUGCCCCUUUAUUUUCUUCAAGAUUGGCCGACGCUAUGGUUGACGUAUACUCGCAUGUCGGUCUGGUCGCGAACGAUUCGAAGAGGUUCCGGGCGGAAGAGCACCCUCAAUUUUGGGGCAUUAGCAUCGACGGAAAUUCAGGACUGGUCAGAGCCCUUUUGGAUCGCACAAUCCCUCUGAGCUUUGUCACUGCAAGAGUCGCUCGUACAGGCGCAGCGUCCCGCCACUUGCUCGAGAUCAUUGCCGGUUCCUGGACAGCCAUUAUUGCUGCUCGGAAGCGCUGCAUGUGCCUUUUACAGCAGAUUUUUGUAGAGAUUCAAGCUCAUGAGUAUGGUGUUGUCUUUCGGAUCUCACCCCAAUUGGUUGCAGAGCUUUGGACAUUAGUCGUAUUGGCGCCUCUCAUGUGUUCCGAUUUGACCGCCCCCACGUCGACGACUUUGUACGCAGUCGAUGCAUCAGAUCACCGCAUCGCUGGGGUUGUCACUGAACUUACCGCUCCUUUUGCCAAAGAGCUGUCGCGACAUACGAUGACUCGAGCAGCUUGGUCACGUCUUCUGUCACCCUGGAAGAGCCACCAACGCCGCCUAGGCCGCCUGGACCCAGCAGACGAAGUGCCGGAGGGUGAAGCUCCUGCUCAGGCUCAUUUGCUGUGGGUGCAGUUAAUGCGAUCGUGUCAGUUUUACCCAAUGUUCUGCGAUCGAGCCGCUAGGUCUGAGCACAUCAAUGUUAGUGAAAUGAGGGGUUUAUUGAAGGCCGAAGCACACCAUUCUUCCGAGCAACCCAGCACCCGUUGCAAUAUCGGAACUGACUCGCAGGUUUGUUUAGGGGCCGUUGUCAAAGGCAGAGCAUCCUCGGUGGUGCUGAACAAGAUGCUCCGGAGACACCUUCCAGUUUUGCUUUGUGGGAAUUUGUACCCUGGGCACCAAUAUUUACCAUCGAGUGACAACCCCGCUGAUGACCCUACUCGAGAUAAGGAGCUCCGUGAACCUGUUGAAACCGCUCCGAAAUGGCUGGUUGAAGCUUUUGAAGGUGACUUUCGAUCGCUAGAUGAUAUGCUCAAAGCCAGCUCAGCUGAUGAAGCCACUCUUGCUCGCCUCCCCGAAUUUGAAGACUCUGCCAUACCGCCAGAUUGGUUGCGGUCCGACCGACAGCUGCUCCGACGGGAUUAUCGAAAUAGGCACUGCUCUGCCGAACACCGCACCGCAGUGACUGGCUUGCCGAAUAACCCCGCUCCAGACUUGUGGAAGACUGAGGAUCAGGUCAAGCUGCACCCCGCAGCCGAGCAGCUCCUCCGCAAGCUCCCCGAGAGUUAUUUUGUUUUUCCCAAGAGCUGGAAUAGGAAGCAGCGACGCACUUCGCUGAGCUUCACUGGUGCCUUGGACCUUUUUUCAGGCAGUCGAGGGCUCGCAAAAUCCCUCGCCCGACACACUCAAAAUUGGGCCCUCACUUAUGAUAUUGCGCAUGACCCACGGCAGGACCUGUUGGACCCAUCUGUCCAAGCCGAGUUAGAUGCUCUUGUUCAGCGGAAGUGUUUUCGCCUCCUGUCCGCAGGAGUUGCCGGGGCCUCGCCCCCCCGAAGCAGUGUCAGCAGUGUGGGCAGCGGCACAGUAGGUGCUCAGAGCCUUGUUCAGGUGCUUGGAGAGGCGAAGGCCGAGCCACGUCUGAACGAGGGCAGUGUGAAGGUCACCGAGAGGGCCGAGCCCGAUGCUCCGAGCCAAUCGAAGCAGGUGCCUGAAGCCGUGGAGGAGGCCGAUGAAUACAUCUACACCGAAGAGGGUGAAGAAGAAGAGAUCAUCGAGGAUGCCCUGUCCUCAACGACAGGGCUUGUCAUGGCGCUUCAUGGCGAGGUGAGUCUGGUCUUCCGGUCCGAGGCACUUGAUGAGACCUUGCAAGUCGACGUGGGAGAUGCGGUGGAAGAUGCCCUCCGCCAGAGGUUGCAAGAGCAUCAUGAGGAGGUCGAGGCGCUCCAACAGGACGUGGUGCGGCUGAAGCUGACAGCUCCGAAGGUUUCCCUGGCACAGCUGCAGCAGCUGCUGCUGGCGGCCGCGCGGCUCCAGGCGAAGCUGGGUCUAGCAUCGGAGACGCUGCCGAAGGACGAGGCCCUGGAGAAGGUUGGCAUACCCAUGGAGGAGCCCAGUGGCACACCGCCCCCAGAGGCCCGACGCCUGGUGGCCUUGAUCACGGAGUUGGAGGCCGUCCUCGACACCAGCGAGGCGCCCGGCCGUCAGCUUCGGCACCUCUUGGACCGAUGGGAGCGCUUGAGGACCGGCCGCGCACGGGGCCGGGACAUGUGCGAGCGAUGGGGCAAAUGGGAGGCUGGGGGUGCGCGCAAGCCACGGGGCGGGCGCGGAGGCUGGAGCCGCGGCUUGCCGGACGGCUUGGGACACAGGAUGAAUGUCAUCAUCCAGCACUUGCCGGGAUGCCCAGCUGAGGAGUCCGCCAUGAAGAAGGGUGUGGUGGACUCCGUAGAGAAGUGCGCGGCGGAGCUUCCGGAGCUUCAAGCAGACUCCUUCGCUGAGAUCUGCCGCGCCAAAGCCCAAGAGGCCUUUCACCAGCUUGGGGCGAACGUGGUGGUCCAAGACAGUGGCUUCGUGAUCGAGGCGCUCAACGGUUUUCCUGGGCCCUACACCAAGUAUGUGCUGGCGACGAUUGGCGUCUCCGGCUUGCUGAAGCUCAUGGAGGGCCAAUCCAACCGCCGCUGCGGAUUCAUGGCCUGCGUCGGCUUCGCGGAUGCGUCGGGGCAAGUCCACGUCUUUGAGGAGCCACGGCCCUACUACGGCACCCUGACGACGGCACCACGGGAGGCGGCCGCCAGCCUUCGUGAGGGGCAGCAGAUUGGACAGCAGUGGGGCAACGAAGCAGGGAAGCUCUUUGAUGUCUUUGUCCCAGAUGACCUCCAGUGUGCUGGCCAAACCUUGGGCGAGAUGACCGAGGCGCAGCUCACCGAGUACCGCCGGCGGCGCCGCAGCGCCUUCCGCGUGUUCGCCGAGUGGCUGACCGACCACAACGGGACAAGGGAGGCACGAGGUGAGACGAUGCCCAGUGAGGAGAAGAGCGGAGUAGGGGAGAAAAGAAGAAAACUUGGUUGA